UAUUAGUUGUUUGUACUCUCUCUGUGAUGUAGUUGCACUUACUGAGUCUAAAACAUGCUGGAACCAGCCUUUAAAUAAUUCAGCAAACUCGGUUGUUAAAACCUCAAAUUUUCAGACGAAUUACAAGAACAUGACCUCAGUGUCCUUUAGGUUUUCUAUCGCCCUGAGUCCUGUGCUACGGACACAGUCCAUUAAAGAUACACUUCUGACUUCUGAAGGUUGAAAACAUUGAAGCACUGCACAUAAUCUACACAAUACUAUGCAGUCUUUGAAGACAAAGCUAGUGUAUGGACGAACAUACAUAUGAAGUGAGUGAUUUAGAGAAUACAGAUAAAAUGUCACAUGCAAUCUGUGCGAAUAAACACAUAAAUUCACAUCAAACUAUGACGCCAUAAGCAAUCAAUCACAUUUUCUCGCUUUAAGACGUCCAUGAUGCAAACAGGCUCCUCGCUGCUUUAUUUACGACCUUUGAGUGCCACUUUAUCUGCUUUAUAAAGGGUUUAUAUGUUUAACUAGUGGCUCCAUAAAUAGUUAAUGAGUCAUUUACCGAUGAUUUACAGGUUGGUUCUAAGCCAUUUGUAAAAAUGUUUUUUGGGUUGCCAGGUUGUAAACCCUUUCUGUCUUUCUGCUGCAGCAGGAUAUUACCUUUGUGUUUCAUCCCCUCCCCUCUCGGACAGUUUGAGCACUUAUUUGAAAAGGGGCUGCAGAGAAUCUGGUCCAAAAAACAUUUAUUAAUAUUUACAGCUGCAGACCUGAUGCAUUGUUACAAAGAUCAUUUUCAUAAUGGAUUACUAAUGAAUCCUAAUGGAUUACUAACAUUUCUAACAGCAAAGAAGAGUGUGGACUCCUGUGGGCCACUGCCCCCCUUCUGUAUGCUACCUCAGAUACCAAACAGUGUUCCUCCUAAAAUAUGUACUGUGUACACAAUAUCAACCAAAAUUAAUAAAUAAUUCUAGAUAUAUUUUGACACAAAGCCUCUCUAGAGGACUCAAGGCCCUUCUCCUGUGUCAGUUCAUAUUGUGCUUUAUUGUUGCAAAUGACAGAGUAACCUUAAUAAAACUACUGUACCACUAUAAUCACCAUGUACUGAAUCUGUGGACUUCUGUGGAGGCUCCUGAAGAUCUGGGGUCAGUUUCUGACCUCCCACACAACUAAAUAUAUUUAUCAAAGUAAAGUUGAGGUUCUUGUACUUUGUGUACUACUGUAUACUUUUGGAAGCCGUUAUUGUACUCAACAUAAGUUACCAGUUACUUCGCAGAUUCAGAUUUUUAAUGCAAAAUAUGAUUAAACUAAUAAAUCAUGAUGUAUUAUUACAGAUUUAGCUGCCCAGUAUUUAUGAAAUUAGCUCCACUUUUACCAGCUGUAACAUUAUUGAUGAACACAUUAUUCAACUGCUUGUCUCUUGGUGCAGAAGAUUCUUCCUAUCACACUGCUGUAUAGUUACUUUUACAUGUUAAGGACCUUAUUGUGCAUCUCUUUGUAUUAGUGGUAAGUAAUUAUAUUUGAUAAAACCACCAUAAAAUCAUUUCCACAUAUUGAAUGUGUGGUCUUUGGGGCCUCAGGGGGUCUUAGGGUUGGAGGAUAAACACCAAUAACGCUGUUGUAUGUUGUUGUAUUAGUAAACGAUACAUUUUCCAUUAAUAAAUUCAUUACUUGCAGCUUUUAAACCCUUUACAUGCGGUGUCUUAUUAAGUGUUUCUAUGAGAUGAAGCCGAGGUUUCAUGCUCCUCAUCCUGCCUCAUGUUUACUCCUCACACCUGUCACUGAGUGGAUCUGUGAUGCUGCCAUCCAGCUGUGAUUGAUGGGAAGCAUCGCCCGGUGCCCUGGCCCGAGGACCCUCUCCAAUAAUAAGUCGUGUCCCUGAGAGAUAUGAUGCUCAGCCUUGCGCCGCUUCUCCAUGACCCUCACACUGAGAUGAUGUAUGGCGAGUGUGUGGGCCUAUACUCCUUUGCAAUUUAUGUGCGGCGUAUGGGAGCUCAAAGCUUUCACACGCCUUGCGCACGACAUGAUCCUAUUGGACGAGCAGGGCAGGGGAGAUAGAGAGAGAGAGAGACAGAAGGAGAUAGAGAGAGAGAGAGAGAGAGAGAGAGAGAGAGAGAGAGAGAGCAGUGUUCACCAUCUCCUGUCUCUCCAGCGGCAGACACACAAUGCUCGUUAACAGGCUCCAGAUGCCUUUACAAAAAACGCGCGUCUGCACGCUGCCUGGAUCACCUCUUCUCUUUUGAAUCGCGCACUUGAAUCUGUCUGUCUGUCAUCGAAGAAUAAUUAAAAAAAAAAAAAAAAAACAAGAUUAUGGGGUCGCCUGCGGUCUCAAAACACGUGGGAAGCUUAUUUGCGAGGCUGGAGGCUGCGCGCCCGUCCUCCCUCCUGUGAUGGAGGAGCGCGGUGGUGGUGCAUCGGUGGAAAUGAGUGAGUAGGUGCGGGAGGAGAUAAUCAAUGAAGACACCGAGGGCUCCUGUGCGUUUGGACAAGGUCAGAGUCUAGACUGGGCGAGAUUAUGUCCAUGUGGAGACAACAAGCAGGGACUUUUACGCUUCCUCUGAGGGGACGAGGUCGCCUGGGGAUGUCCCCUGAAAACCAAGAGUUUCUCUCCGUGCGUCCGAUUGCGGAGGCAGCGAAAAUCCCUCCAUCUGCAUGAUGAUGGUUUCUUUUUGAGAAAACCUCCGAGCUGACAUGGAUCCCUCAGCCUGGAGAUAAAGUUUCUCCUCUCUUUGCUCGAUGAUUUGCUCGCCGCUCGUUUCGAUUAUUACGCACAGUUGAACCCGGUUCAUGUGAUUUAAGAGGCUGCUUGUCAAAAGGAGGAAAGAGGAGGUGGGGUUAGGUUUGAAUUCCAUCAGAGCAGCAACCAAACAGCGGCGGCCAGCUGUGCCUCUGGACGGUCACAUCUGUCGUUGUUGUCGUCGCUGUCCAUGGUGCUCAACUCGUGCUCCAGGAAUGGUGGAGACGCUGAGUAUCGCAGUCAUCGGUGCUCCCGGAGUGGGGAAAACUUCUAUAAUCCGCCAGUUCAUCUAUAACGAUUUCUCGGAGGUGUACACACCGACCAGGAGCAGAUAUGUGUACAGACCCUCCGUCAUACUGAACGGGAACAUGUAUGAGUUGAAGAUUUUGGACGUCCCGCCAAUCUCCUCCUUUCCAUCAAGCUCCAGUCAGGAGUGGCUGGAUUUGCGCUGCAGAGGUGUUCGCAAUGCCAACGCCUACAUCCUGGUGUACGACAUCUGCUGCGUGGAGAGCUUUGAAUAUGUCAAGAUGAUCAGGCAGCAGAUAGUGGAACACAGGGAAGGCAGCAGCAGCGAGGUGCCAAUCCUCGUGGUGGGCAACAAGCGAGAUCUGCAGCGGCAGCGCUUCAUGCCUCGCAGGGCAGUGUCGGUCCUGGUGAAGAAGACCUGGAAAUGCGGUUAUGUGGAGUGCUCUGCCAAAUUUAACUGGCACGUGGUCCUGCUCUUCAAGGAGCUGCUGGGCAUCGCCGUGGCACGGGGCAUGCGCCAGAACCACACCUCCAUCCGUCUGCAGGGGGCGCUACAGAGGAAUCGCUGCACCAUCAUGUGACCCAGAGAGCCCCCCUCCACCCCCUCUCACCUCAGUGGAGCGGCAGUGGAGAAAAGGACUUUUUAUCUAAAUGGCUGGAAAUAUACCCUGUGGCCUCCUGCUUUACUGAGCUGAUUUUUCAUAAUGAGGUUUAUUAGACUCUUGCGCUGUAAAAGACACUAAACAUUUCACCCAUGGUCAUCCAACCACUUCCUAGUCCAACUCUACCAAAUGCAUAGAUGCAAGAAGGGAGGUAGAAGAAGAGGAAGCAGGUGAAAUAUGACUAGCACAGUUAUUUUUCCUCAUAUCCACUAGACAUUUGAUGGUUCCAAAAUUACACAGCAGCAGCAGCAGCAGCAGCAGCAGGUCUUACGGAGGGUUGUUUUGUGGCUGUAGCUGGGCCUGACAGGAUGGAAGCUGGAGAUUGUGAGACUCAAAACGGAGAGGCAGCAAUAUCAUCGAGUCUUCCUUUUGAAUUUGUCAUAUUUAGUAAGGUUAACAGCAGAUGCUCAUACCAGACACAUUUGGAUUUCUCUGAGGGUGUGCGGUUAGCUUCCAGGGGAGAUUAUCUCGGGAAAUGUACAGAUACGAUGAGAUGGUGUUUAAUUUUAGAUUCUAAGAAGUAGCCUGCAUUUUUCCCCCCCGCUUUCCCUGUCCUGGUUUCAAACUUAGCCUACAGUAAAAGCUGUUUUUUUUUUUCUUUUUCAGACGAAGGGUGUUUUAAGGUUGUCUUGCAGCAGAAAAUACUGCAGUCCUUAUCAUGAUGUACUGUAGGGCUUUAAUCUGCUCCCUCCCCUCACUCAGUGUCUGUUUCUGAUGAAUACAUUAAAUCCAGGGAACUGGGGACCUGCAGGAGGCUGCAGAGCCUGAAACGAGAACCUGUGCAUGCAAUGUGGAUGUUUACGUGUGUGUGUGUGUGUGUGUGUGUGUGUGUGUGUGUGUGUGUGUGUGUGUGUGUGAGAGAGAAAGAGACACAGAGCAAGACAGAGCGAGUGAGUGGGGGACAGAGAGGCGCAGGUUUGAUAGCUGACAUUCAGGCAAGCAAAGGACAGACACAAGAAGAAAAGAGACAGAUGUUGAAGCUUUGGAUUAGGAAGGAGCAAUAACAUCCCACAGGAAUGUCCUGUCUGACUAUAUAUACAUAUAUAUAUCCACAAAUUAUAUCAAAUGUCUCACAAACAAUACAUGUGUGCUCAGACAUCCUGCAGAAAUAACGAAGACUUCCACAAAACACAACACGACUGCACGACAGAGACACAGGAAACCUUAGUAAAGCUUCAGUAUCUGAAUAGUAUCUAAUUGGUAUUGUUGUUGAGAUUAACAGUUGCUUUUUCCUUUGAUUAGGCCUAGCUAGGUAGUUUGUGAAUACGGCUGCGCUGAAAGUAAGCAGACCUAUUGUAUAUAAGAGUGAUUCAUAGAGUAAUUCGACUUGCAUGCUUUUGUUGGUAGAGCCAACGGGGUCAGGGUUUAAUUGCACUGAUGUUUAAAUUUGAUAUUGUGUUUAAUUUUUUGUAAUACAUGGGUUUUUUCUGACACUGUAAUGAGCAGCUGAGUGGAGUGAAUGUCGUCGUUUUUCACUGGCAUGUGAGAGCACAAGCUCCUGAUUCUCUCCAAGAUGUAGUGUUGAACCCUUCAAUCAGGGCAGAUGGCUGUGUGUAGUUUUUUUGGUUUUCUGUUCUGUUUCCUAGUUAAAAAAAAAAGAAAAAGAAAUAUGUAGCAGAGAUUCUCUAGAAAGCAACUGUGUGUAGCAUGAGUUCUCAUCGGUUUGUCUGCUGCGCGUUUCCAAAUAAAAAGGGCUACUGUUUUUUAUCAGAAACAUUACUUGUAUUUAUUUUUACUGUGUUAGUACUGUGAGUGUUAUAAUUUUUUUUUUCUUUUUGGACACAUGAUGAAUUAUUAAAUGCAUUUGAGAACAGCAACCUCACUCUGGUCACUUUUUUUGUGCACCACAUUAAGAUCAUUUUGACAACAUUGCCACCUUGUGGUAAAGCAAUGUUAUCAGGAGUCAAAUCAGAGGCAGAUAAAGGGGGCAUCACACACACACCGAACCCCUUCCAGUUAAGAUAAGAUAGACUUCGAUGAUCCCACAGUGACAGUGAGGGAAAUCCACUUGUCACAGCAGCUUGUCUACACGUGGUGGAUAAGAAAUCACUCAUAAAUGAGAAAUAUAUAAAUAAAAGGUGGUGUUAAAGAGUCUGACAGCUGUGGUAGCGCUCCUUCUUACA